AUGUCCGGCCGAGGAUACGAACGCGGAUACGAGCGCGACGAGCGCGAUGAUCGAGCACCCCGAGGCGGUGGACGUGGUGGUCGAGGUGGACGGGAUCGAGCUCCUCCUACCACUUUGUUUGUUGCUGGCUUUCCAUCCAGCAUGCGUGCCAAGGAUCUGGCAUACGAGUUCGAGCGCAUGGGUCCCCUGAUUCGAUGCGAUAUUCCGGCUCUCAAGUCCGCCACUGCUACGCCUUACGCGUUUAUCGAAUACGAGGACCCGCGCGAUGCCGAUGCAGCUUUCAACGACAUGCACGGUAUGCGAUUUGGCCGAAACGAAAUCACGAUCCAGUUUGCAAAGAACGCUCCCUCGGCCAAUUGGAGGUUUGAUGGUCCCUCGCGUGGCGCUCCUCCGCCGCCUUCGUACGGUGGCCGCGGCGCACGCGAGGGUCGUGAUUCGCGAGAUGAGCGUGCGCGCUCCGAUGUGCCGCCUCCGCCACAGCGCCCGCAGCUGAGCAAGGAGGAGGAGGAGGAGGCUGACCGCGCAGCCGAGGAGCGCGCUCGUAAGCGCGCAGCUAUGCGUCGUGAGCGUGAGCGCUCGCCCGAGCCGCGACGUGGUGAAGAUGCCGAUUAUCCUGAAGACCGAAGGAUGGGCAACUCGCGCAGAGACAACGACGAUGCCGACCGAGACGAACGACGCGAGAACAGCGAGAGCGCGACUAACGGCAACGGCAACGGCCACGGCCACGGCAAUGGCGUUGAGGACGAGCAGCCAAGGGAUGAUGUCAAGAAUGACCAAGCCAACACUGCGGCAGAAGAGAAGCAGCCCGAAGAGAAUGAUGAUGCAGCCGUGCCGGCAAGCAACGAGUGA